AUGUCUUUAUCCAAACCAUCAACUAACAUCAUGCGCACACAUUCUUUUCAAAAUGAGUCUGAUUAUGACCCUGAAAAUCACUCCAUAUUCUCUCCAUACUUAAUUCCUUUUCGUUCUGGAAAUAGCUUUCAUACUCCUGUAAAUUUUGUUCGUUCAAAUACUGAGACUAUCACUGAUCAGAUUAACAACACUAGAAUUCAACAUACUGCUUUUUAUACCGAAGCUGGCUUGGUUCGUCCUGUCAAUCUCUCUAACAAUAGAUCAUUUAUUCACCAUCAAACUAACUAUGCUCCAAUUACGGCUGGUGAAAAUCUGCAAAUAACAAAUCCAUCUCGAUCUGGAAUUCUUGAUGAACGAAAAUUCAUGUAUCGUUGUACAAAUAUUGAAAAUCUGUCAAAUAAUGAUGAACGUAAUCGUACUCGUUUAAACGGGAAUGAUCAAAGAGUUGAUAUUUAUCCAAAGCCAUCUUUACCUGAGCAAUCCAUAUUCAAUCAUAAUAAAGAAAUAAGAAAAAAGUCUCCAUCAAGAAAGACUCGUUCUUCUUCGGAUCCUCCUCUAAAAAGUAUUCGACAUUCCCGCUCGGACAUUAAUCUUUCAUCACACGAUAGUCGAUCAAAUACUAUACAACAUCCCACUCCAGUUAGAUCCUUAACAAUGGUAAAAAGUAAUCAAAAAUUAGAACAAUUAAAUAUCAAUACUUCUCAAUCUACUUGGGAUCCUACUCUUGACAAGAGCGUUUCUUCCUCAAUGCAAGAUCCUCAAAAUUUUUUACCUCAUAAAUCUAAUUAUUCAAGAUAUUCGGAUCUUAAACCACAUCCGGAUUUUUUGACUUUUAGUACUUCUGAAAACAAUUCUUAUGAUCGUAUUUCAAAUUAUUCUACCACCAACGGUUACGAUAAUCGUUCAAACAGAGGUGAACCUGAUCAUAAUAUUCAUAAUAUUGAUAAUGAUGUUUCAAAACAACAAAAUCGUCUUAUUUUAUUAACUCCUAUAAAAAAAAAGAAAUUUGGUAUAUUUAAGAGAUCUAAAAAAACUUUACCCGCUUACUUAAAAGCUAUUACUGCUUUAGAAGAAAUGCAAUUCAAUGAUGCUAUAAAUUUAUUUACUCUAGUUUUGGAGAAAUAUCCUCAAAGUUAUUCCGUUAGAUGUGAUCGUGCUUAUGCUUCUUAUCAAAUUGAAGAUUGGGAUAGAGCAAUGGAUGAUUUAAAUCAUGCUAUCGCAAAAAAACCAAAGAAAUCUCAUCAAAGUAAUGCUACAACCGCUUCAACAUUAUCUCAUCGUGGUGAAAUUUAUCGAAUAAUGGGACGUAAUGAUUUGGCUCUUGUGGAUUUAAACGCUUCAUUACAAUUUGAUGAGAAUAUUUUAUCUUUAGAACGAAGGGGUAAUGUUUAUAUGGCUUUGGGAAGAGAUAGUGAUGCAAUGGAUGAUUUUGAAAGGAUCUUACAAUUUAAUUCUCAACAUUUUUUGGCUCAUAAAAACAUUGCUACUCUUUUACUUAAAUCUAAACUUUAUGAAAAAGCUCUUAAACAUUUAGAUUUGGCUUUACAAUUAAAAUCUGAUGAUUUAUUUUUAUUAAAAACUCGAGGUACUAUUUAUCAAAAAAUUGGUCAUUAUAAUGAUGCCAUAAAUGAUUAUAGUUUUGCUCUAUGCAUUUAUCCUAAUAGUGUGGAUUUAUUUAAAAAUCGUGGUGAAUGUUAUAGAUUAAUUCAAGAUUUUGAUAAAUCUAUAAAAGAUUUUACAAGAGUUUUGGAAUUAGAUCCAAAAAAUGUUUUUGCCUUGACUAGACGUGGUGAA